GCUGAAUGGAAACAAAGGAAAUAUAGGUCUUAUUUAACUUUGUAGCUUUGUCAGAGAGGAGGUCUGUGUUCACCUGCUGCACUUCAGGAUGUCUCAAAGGAAGAUAUUGCAAUUCUCCACGGGAGCUCUGCUUCUUCUCCUACCCUGGUUUGGUGGCCUGGUCCUUGGAGAGGUCAACCAAGACUUUUCCAAGUGCCUUGAUUUCUUCUAUUAUAAAACUCCACCACAGGGUAUCAGUGCAUUAGGUUACCAACCGAUAUGCCAACGCUACAAAAACCAGUACCGCUUUGUCAGCCUGUAUCACCGUCAGCAUCGUACACCACUGUAUUCUGCGUACUUACUCAGCCCAGCAGAUGGCAAACGGCCCAGUGCAGCUUGGAUGUAUGAACCACAGUUAGCAUUUUCCCGUGCCAACUCAGAGAUGCAACCUUUUGCUACCCCUGUGGACCAGAAUGUGAUUGAGAGCCAGGCUGAGCGUGAGGACUACAGGAACUCCAACUUCACCAAAGGCCAUCUUAAUCCCAGCAUGCACCAGAAGACGAAAGAGGACCGCGAGGCCACCUUCACUCUGACUAACAUUGUCCCUCAGCGGGCGGGCUCCAACUCUGGCCCUUGGAGCACUCUGGAGAAUGACACGUUGAGAAAAUUCAACUCCUUUUGCGAAGGGCCAAUGUAUGUGAUCACUGGGGCCAUGCCUUAUGAGUCUGGGGCACGCUGGAUUAAUAACAGGGUGUCUGUUCCUGAGUACAUGUGGUCGGCCUACUGCUGCCCAUCCUACAAACCUAACCUUCCUGAUCAUGUGCAGUCAUUUUUCCCCACAUACGCUGCAGUGGGAAGAAAUGACCCCAACAGUGGAGAGGAGAUUGUACCAGUUAAUGUCAAGGCGAGGGCCUCAGUGCGAGGCUAUGAUGUGAAGCGGAUGUCUUUAGAGACUCUGGAGGGCAUCCUGAGACAAAGGCUGGCCAUGCCCAUCAGUCUGUUUCAUGGGCAGUGUCAGUAAGAAAACGGAAAUGCUUUAGUUACUUGUUCAAAUCAAAUGAAAUCAUCACCACAUACUGCACAACUUCUUGAUUAUGUCUAGUCAUAAUCAAUAAGUUAAGAAGAUUUAAUUCCCUCCCUUCCUUACUGUCUCUUUAAUUACUGAAUGAGAUGAGAGUUUGAUUAACCAGGACAUGAUGAUUAUGUGAUGAUGCUUGAAAUGAAUUGUUCCAAUGAGUAGAAUUUUGUAAAAAAAAAAAUAGACAAUCUUUCCCCCUG